AUGGUAAAAGAGGCGGCCACCGAAGAGGGGAUCCAAGGGUAUCUCAGACUCCAAGACUUACAGACACAAAGGGGAGAAAAUGAGGAGAAAAUGAGGCCCCAAUUCUUGCUUCGCACUACCGGCUUCCUGGCUGGUAUGGCUAUUGCCAGCUUCGACGGGAAUCUUAACUACGACAGCCCCUCCAGGCGUCAUGAACGCCUCGGCAUUGACGUUGAACUCAUUGAGCGUCGGUCAUGGAAGCGCGACAACGUAGCCUAUCAGCCGUCGCAGCUUCACUUCACUCAUGGUAUUGCCUCUGGUGACCCGUGGCCCGGGAGUGUCAUCCUCUGGACUCGCGUUGCUCCCAGAAAUGAGUCUGACAAGAGCGAGGUGACGGUCGACGGUACUGCUCCUCUCUGGGACCAUGAGACGCAAAAGUAUAUCAAGGCCGAUCCUAACCCCAUCUGCGUUGAGUGGAAGGUAUUUCAAAGUAACUAUGCGAAUAACACCAACCAGACGGUUGUGGCCACCGGCAGGGCCUACACAACUUCGGACAUUGAUUAUACCGUCAAGGUCGAAGCCAAGGGACUCGAGCCCCUAACAAAGUAUUUUUAUCAGUUCAACAUUUGCGGGUCUUCUAACAAGAGCCCUGUUGGCCGUACUAAGACUUCGCCUGCCAAGGAAGAUGCGGUUUCCAGGUUGAGCUUUGCUGUGUUUUCUUGCAGCAACUUUCCCAAUGGCUACUUCAACGCAUAUGGGAACGCUGCGAGAAAGGAUAAGCACGACUAUGUUCUCCACCUCGGUGAUUACUUUUAUGAAACCGGAAGGGGUGGUGAGCGUGCUACCAAACCCUCUGGAACCAUCUGGACUCUCGGCGACUAUAGGACUCGCCACGGACUGUAUCGAAGCGAUCCCGAUUUGCAACUCUUGUCUCAGAACUUCCCGUGGAUUACUACGUGGGAUGACCACGGUCAGUUCAACCGGUUGGCGCGGGACGGCUUCAGUGGUCUCAACAAUACUGAAGACUCAUUCCUCAAGUCUGGCACCAAGGUGACUGUUGAUACGCGCAAGGCUCAUGCUGUUCGUGCAUAUUUUGAGUGGAUGCCAAUCCGACAAACCGACCUGGACGACGGGCUGCGUGUCUGGCGAUCCUUCCAGAUGGGAAAGUUGAUGGAUCUUAUAAUCCUCGACACCCGAAACUAUGACCGGAGUAUCACUGACGUUUACUGGAACUCACACUACAUCAGUGAAAUUGCAGAUGACGCUAGCCGCUCCUUGAUGGGAGCCCGCCAAGAAAGCUGGUUCUAUCGAUCUCUCAGCCAAUCCAAGGAGCGAGGUGCCACAUGGCGUAUUAUUGGUAACCAGAUUGUUUUCUCGCGCAUCCUGGAGAAUGAUAAUUGGGGUCUCAACGGCGAUGCUUGGGACGGCUAUAUUGCCAACCGCAACAGAACCCUGCAGCACAUGUACGACAACGAGAUUGAUAACAAUAUCUUCCUGGCGGGAGACACGCACCAGAACUGGGUCUCUGACCUCGUCUGGCUCGGAAACAAGCCCUACGACAAAGCCACCGGACACGGAGCCAUUGGCGUAGAAUUCGCCGGCACGGCCGUCAGCUCCAGUGGUCAGGGGGGACCUAUCGAGCCCGUUGCUGGUGACAAGGCGCGAGGCUUGGUGAAGCGCAACGACGAGCUUGGCUGGCAGGAGGGCUAUUACCGUGGAUACUUUGAGUUGACGAUUACGCCUGACAGGGCGACCGCCCAAUACUACGGCUGCCCUACCGUGGCGACCCGCAAUGGCUGGGAUCUUCCCCUGGCCAACUUCAGCAUCGUGGCGGGCGGCAACCACCUGGAGCGUCCGAUUGCGGGCGGCAAGGUCGAGUCUGGUGCGCUAAGAGGCGGCCAGGUCAAGCAUACCAAUUUGACGCUGGAUACGAACACCGGCCAGUGGAAGGUGGUUGGUUUUGACAAGAUGUACUUGUAG